AUGGGUGGACCAACAACAAGCGCUGUUGGAACAAGGGCUCCUUUACCCUUCGAUGUGAGCAACACUGAUCAUGUAAUGCCGGUGAACAUUGGCGAUCGAGUGUCGUUGCUGUGCCCAAAACCUGGACCAAAUUACGAGUAUUCAAACAUCUACGCGGUCAAUGUGAAGAAUCAUGACGUAGCUCAUGGUAAUCAGCUAGCUACGCAUACUUAA